AUGACUACUCGUACAGCUAACAACACUGACUAUUACACCCUCAACAACGGUGAAAAAAUUCCAGCAGUAGGAUUUGGAACAUGGAAAGCUACUAAAAAAGAAGGAGCACAUACAGCUGUCAAAAUUGCUUUGCAAACUGGAUAUAGACAUGUUGAUACAGCUGUGAUGUACGACAAUGAAGAAGAAGUCGGUAGAGGAAUCAAGGAAUCCGGAAUUCCAAGAGAGGAGAUUUUUGUUACCACAAAAUUAUGGAAUACCGAUCAUAAACAGGUUAGUAAAGCCUUCGAUUCUUCGUUGCAAAGAUUAGGUUUGGACUAUGUGGACUUGUAUAUCAUGCAUUGGCCACUCCCUCUCGAUCCUAAAACAGAGAAACCAUAUGAGGACUGGAAUUAUAUUGAUACCUAUAAGGAAAUGCAAAAGCUUGUGGAGUCUAAAAAGGUAAAGUCUAUCGGCAUUUCAAACUGUAACAUUGAACAAACCAAGAAGAUACUAGAUGACAAAGACAUUACGAUCAAGCCUGUUGUCAAUCAAGUUGAGGCUCAUCCUUUGUUACCACAAUUAGAGUUAUUUGAUUUUUUGAAACAAAACGACAUUGCGCUUGAGGCAUACUCUCCAUUGGGAUCAGACAACUCGCCAUUAUUUAAGGAUGAUACCAUAAUCGGUAUUAGUCAAAAGUAUAACGUCCAUUUAGCUCAAGUAUUGGUAUCAUGGGCAGUUCAGAGAGGUAGUAUUGUGUUACCAAAGUCUGUUACUGAAUCUAGAAUUAUUUCCAAUUUAAAGACAUUCAAAUUACGAGAAGAUGAUUUUGCAACUUUGAAUAAUUUGUCCAAAGAAGUUGGACCCGUAAGGACAAAUGACCCGGAUUGGUUUGAUUUUGGAAAGGAUUAA